AUGUCCAACGACGCAACCCUCUACGAAGACCACUUCGAAAUCACCACACUCCUCGACAGCACCUACGACCGCGUGGCGCGCGUCAUCGGCACCUCGCGCUCCUCCUCCAACACCUCCGGCGACACUUCAUUAACCCUCGAUAUCAACUCCGAGCUCUACCCCAUCCAGACGGGCGAGACGAUCCAGAUGCUGAUCGCGACGACGCUGAAUCUGGACGGGACCAAGGAUACGACGGGCCAGUGGAGGGAGAGGAGGGGGGAGGAGACGCUGGCGAGUGCGUUUGAUUAUGUGUGCUAUGGGAAGGUUUAUAAGCAUUUUGAUCCGGGGGAGGGGGGGAAUAUCAAGGUCUACAUCUCGUUCGGCGGGCUGCUGCUGCUGCUGGACGGACCGUACAAAAAGCUCUCGCCGCUGCGGCAGGACUAUGUCUACAUGCUGCUGAAGAAGUGA